CUGCACUGUUCCGUAUCUUCACGCAAAACACAAGCAACAGCAUGUCAGACUCGGAUUCUGAAGGAGGAGUACCCCUGAUCGAGGCGGAGUUCGACGUCACAGCGAAUUCGAAGAAGAGGAAGGCGGAAGCAGAUCCUGAAGGCGGCAUCGAGAGCAAGAAAGAGAAGAAGAAGGCGAAGAGAAAGCAGAAGAAGCAGGCUAAGGCCAAGAACAUCGAUGAAGAUGAUUUGGAUCAAGAGUUGGGCGUAAAUCAUGCUUUUGAGCGCAUGGAUGGCCAGCUGGUAGCAGACUAUGUCAAUGCCCGGACACGACUUUACGGCAAAGACUUGAGCAGUGUCGAGCUCGAAGACAAGUUCAUCCCUGCACGCACGGUUUGUGACAGUACCAGCUACAGCGACCCUCGGAAACUGGACAAUCUUCCAGCUUUUCUGAAAAAGCAGUUCGGUGCGCUGAAGUCUACAUCGAACAAGCCGCCAGGAGCACCGCACACGCUUGUUGUCACCGCAUCUGGUAUUCGAGCCGCCGACGUGUGCAGAUCGCUCAAGACAGGUCUGCCCAAGCAGGGCAUCAAGGAUCCCAAGGUAGAGAAGUUGUUUGCAAAGCAUCUGAAGCUCGCCGACCAGGUUGCUAGCCUGAAGAAAAACAGAGUGGAUUAUGGUGUUGGGACGCCGGACCGACUGUCUGCACUGCUCGAGGAGAAUGCACUUUCAACAGAGAACCUCAAGCGGGUGGUGAUCGACGUCUCGUACAUUGACCAGAAGAAGCGCGGCAUUCUCGACAUGAAAGACCUGCACGAAGCGCUGAUCAAGUUGCUGCUAAGAAAAGAGUUCCUAGGCGAGGACAAGGAAGCUGGUAACGAGUUGUUUGUGUUCUACUGAGAUACGAUAUCAUGUCAGUCAGAGAGUUCCGGCGGAGUUGC